GAAAAGCAAGACCUGAAACCACGCAGAAAUUUCCCCACCACCAUCAAUCAGCGUAUACCAAAACAAAGGUUCAACCAUAUUCACUUCAUUCCAUAGUUUUUCCAUCUCCAGAAGGUACUCUGAAGUUCAUGGCAAGAAUUUCAGCUCCAGGCACCAUUUUCACUCCCCUGUUUGAUUGAUUAGUCCCCGUCACCUGAAAAUAUUUAAAAAUGGCCUUUCACCAUAGAAAGCUUUUACUUGGCCCUGAUACAAAGCCUGAAGAAAAAUCGGGGCCUGUUAAAAAGCCCGGAGAUGACAAGGAGUACGAAUCCGCCUGUUACAACUGCUAUUCUUGCCCUGACGAGUGCUACAAAUACUUGCCUCCUCAGCCCCCGCCUCCAUCCGCCUCAAACCAUCCACAUUCGUCAACCUUGAUCCUCACGUUGUCUAUUCUUGGCCCUGUUUUUCUGUUCCUUUCCUAUCUUACUAUCCGCAGAUACCUGUCGAGCUGGAGGAAUUCCAGGAGGAGGAGUUCUCCAGGCCUGGAGAAUGAUAACUUGAGGGAGGAUUUCAUUGACGAGCUUCAAGGGCCCGUGGUAGAUCAUCCCAUAUGGUAUAUCCGCACUGUCGGCCUUCCACAGUCCGUCAUCGAUUCAAUUACAAUGUUUAAGUAUAAAAAAGACCAGGGGUUGACUGAAGAGACUGAUUGUUCUGUUUGCUUGAGUGAGUUUCAAGAAGAUGAGAGCAUCAGGCUUCUUCCCAAGUGCAGCCACGCCUUUCACGGGCCUUGUAUCGAUACUUGGCUGAGGUCACACAAGAAUUGUCCCGUCUGUCGCGCGCCGGUGAGUUCAGAAGCGCCAGGUUCUACAGAUUCAGGGUCAAGGGUAGAGAAUCAAAUGGAGAGUGUACCAGAAACUCUGCCCGAAUUAGGAUCUGAUGAACAAGGAGAAACGAGGAAUGUGUGCGAAAAUAUUAGUGAAUUGCCUGUCGAAGACAAUCACCUGGCUGAAGUUUUGUCCAAUGAUUGUCGGCACAACGACACGAGGAAUGGCGACUUCCGGAUACAAAGUGAUUUAGCAGAUCGUCGGGUGGGAAUGGAUCAAGAACUGCAGCCCGUCAGGAGGUCCGUUUCACUGGAUUUUUCUUCUGCUUCGACGAUUUACGCGAAUGUCCGUGCUCAGACAGAUGAAGGGUGUCGGGGUAGUAAGGUAAUGACUGAGAAACAAGAUUCAGAUGUGAGUGUGAAGAGGAGAAGUAGAAGUAGGUAUUCUUCUUCAUAUCUGUGUUCUCUGAGAAAAGGGCCUGUUUCAAUGAAGAGAUCCUUCUCAUUCAGUGGGAAGUGCCUGUUUCAAUGAACUGAUAGGGAAUCAAUUUUGACUGUUCCCUAGUUUCACUAUCUAUCCACGAUUCUGUAUACAGAAAAUGUUGAAUAUAAGUAGAUUUAUUUUGGAAAAAUUGAAAUAUACCCUAUGAGUUUGUUCUUGGAAUGAGUAUUAGUACUUUAGUUUUGUUUUUUGGAUUAAACCACCAAAUGGUCGAGGGAUUUCUCGCUGAUUGAAUUUUUUGUUGCAAA